GUGGUGGAAGCGGGGCUGAUGCAGGGAGCUGUCCUCCUUGCCCGGGUCCUCCUGCCGGCGAGCGACGCUGUGGGCUGCCUCCUUGCUCCCGGGCCGGACUCCGGCAGAAGGAGACGGAGGAGGAGAAGGAGGAGAAGGGACGGCGGGGAGGGAGUCAGCGCCAUCCUCCCGUGCCUGCGGACCUCUUUGCCCGGGACAGAAUGUUUGGCACUUCAAACCUGUGCAAAAGAACUGUAAUUUAUAGCCAAGCUGGAGACUGCAGGAGAAACAGCCAGCAAAAACAUGGAAGACAGGUGAAAGAUGACAUGGUUUCCAGGAAGAUGUAGGUGUCUUCUUGACGUCCUGGUUACCAUGACUCCCAGCAGAGGGCUGUGGGAGAAAAAGUGGGAAUCCCUCCCGUCCCCAUAAAAACCACUAACAGCCAUGGCUGGGUAGAGUUUAAACAAGGACUUCUACAGGGUGUUGACAUUAUGGGGACUUGUUGUAGCUGUCCAUGCAAAGACAGGGUUCCGGAUAAUCACCCCACCAAAUUUAAGGUGACAAAUGUUGAUGAUGAAGGCAACGAGUUGGGCUCAGGGAUUAUGGAGUUGACCCAGAGGGAGCUGGUUUUGCAUACGCACAAACGUGAUGCCGUUCGGUGGCCAUACCUCUGCUUACGUCGAUAUGGCUAUGAUUCUAGUCUCUUUUCUUUUGAGAGUGGACGUCGCUGCCUGACUGGACAGGGAAUUUUUGCUUUCAAAUGCUCAAGAGCAGAAGAGAUUUUUAAUUUGCUGCAGGACUUGAUGCAAUGUAACAGUAUUAAUGUGGUGGAGGAGCCCGUAAUCAUCACAAGGAACAGUCAUGCUGCUGAAAUGGAACUGCCCCGGACACCCCAGACACCCAACGCUCUAGCAUAUUCAGUUCCAGGGUUUCCGAAUGGGUUCCAUAGCUUUCCUGCUGAGGCCACAACUUGUCCUGCAGUACGACAUACCUCCAUGGGGAGUUUAAGGCAUUCUUCAGUUGGUGAGGACUCCACACAUGCCCUCAUUGUGCCUGAUGAUCAAUCUCACACAUAUGUGAACACAGGUGGUGGUGAGGAAGACAUGAGGGGUCACCACUGCAUGCACACUCUGCCUGAAGUCCAUCCUCCUGUUUCUCAUCCCAGCCAUAGCUGCUCUUUGGAGGAUCGCAAUCCUCAGAUAUACCUACAGCCAGGAGAGGUGAAGUUUGUGCUGGGCCCUCCUCCUGGUUACAGGCACAUGAUGAAAUGUGAUGGUUUCUGCCGACCCCAUUGGGAGUGCACAGGGCAUAUCUGUACCCACAACAAUAACAAUGAGUGCAAGGACGAGUGCCUUACCCCAAAGUAUGUCUAUGAGAAUAUCAAUGGCCUCCUGCCUGCUCGAGGUACCUUGCAUCGCCGGGGAAGUGGGCGCUUGAAAAUAGCUCGAGAAGAUCUGAAUCCACCCAGUUGCUCCCAUCGUCGGACCACCCUACUACACUAUGAGAACCUGCCCUCACUGCCACCUGUGUGGGAGUGCCAACCACUGAGACAAGAGCAGGAUGAUGAGGACUCUGGAGAUGCAAUGACACCUUCGCCCAAUGGUUAUCCUGACCUGGAGGAUGAGGAGGACCCUUUGCGAAACUACAUGAAUUCAGAAAGUGCUGCCCUGCAUGGAGGCCGGCAUAGGGGCGGUUGUUUACAACGCCGCCGCAGUUGCACACCCAGCGUCUUCAAUUUUGACUUCCGACGACCCUGUUUGGAGCAGCCGAGGCAGCUCAAUUAUAUCCAGGUGGAACUGGAGGAUGACCCCCACAAAGGGUGCCAAAGCACACCAGUCCCCCGUGCCCCACGUUCGGCUGUCCACCCAGCCCGCAGGACGGAUUCCUACGCGGUCAUUGAUCUUAAAAAGACAGCAGCCAUGUCCAGCUUGCAGAGGGCACUGCCUAGGGAUGAUGGGACUUCUAGGAAAACGCGGCAUAACAGCACUGACCUCCCUCUAUAAGAGGGAUGCCAAACCCAAGCACCACAUUGUGGCUUUUGUUCCUGCUCUUCAGCUAAUCAUGUUGCAUAUCUGGCAUCUUCCCAUUGUGCCCCGUGUUUCUCAGUGUGACUCACUUGGAUAGCUCCAUAAGGUUAACUUGAGAAAUGUAGCCUCUCUGUGCCUCUUCCCAUUUCCAUCCCGCCCCCAUUUCUCCUGCCAUAUAGUUUUUGAAGCCCUGCCAAGUGGAUGAAAACUUUGGUUAUUAACUGGAGGAGUAACAUUAGAAAUACUACCUGUUCCCUCUCUUAUUUUGUGAAUCUUAUCUGGAAAUCCUUCCUUCCCAUUUUUGUGGGAUCAGUUUUAAACCACUAGUGAUUGGAAGUGUUGGGUCUGGAAAAAAAAGCAAAACAUUGCAAAGUAAUGAGCAAAAACUAUUCAAACUUUUGAUGGUAGAGGUAGAACGAUGGACAGAGAGUGCUUUAUCUAUCCUUCUUUGUUUUUGAAGAUGUACAAAGGGAUAUUUAUUUUUGAAAUAUUUAGUUAUGUAUUUAUUUAUGUAUUUAUUUAUGUAUUUAUGUAUUUAUAUGUUUGUUUAUUGGUCAGGGGUCCACCCCUACUUUAUUUAUUUAUUUAUUUAUUUAUUUAUAAUUAUGCCUCUGAGUUAAAGUGCCAAGCAAAAGUAAAAUGCUUUGUGGUUUGAUCUUCUUUUCAUGGGAGGGAAGCGUGAUCAAGCCUAGAGUGUUGGAUUAGAUCCCGUUGCUUUAAUGGUGCCUAUCAAAGUGGAUCACUGAGGAGGGAGAGCCAUGAAUCCAUUUCAGUUGGGAAAUGAAUGUAAGAAUGGGUCUGAUCUCAUGAAUAUAAUUCCCAGAUAUAAUUCUACAUGUAAAGAAGUCCAAUUUCCUAGCUCACAUCCCUUUAUCUUAGUUUUACCUUUUCCCUUGGCAUUUCAGCAAAAAGAACCACUGGAUUGUAUAUUGCAAAAACACUUUUUUUAAAAAAAGCCUUUCAUAGACUGCUGCUAUUCCUUUCUUACUUGUCUGACAGUGUCUUUGUGAGAAGCCAACUUUAUCAUAGUGUCAGUGCUAGGAAGAGAUUUAAAUACAGAUGUGGUUUGUUGCUUUCCUGGUGUCAUUUGGAACCUCUCUCCCUCAGCCUUGUGUUAUUGUGUCCAGCUCUUGUCAUUUGACUAUGAGUGGAUCCUAAUGCAGCAUUUGUGAGUAAUGAGUCUGAAGACUAAACACAGCCUUUUACAUAACUUAGCUGACAAAUUCAGCUUUAAAUUAUGGUUCCACAUCUGGGUUGUUGUGUGUGUUUUACGGGCUGUAUGGCCAUGUUCCAGAAGCAUUCUCUCCUGAUGUUUCGCCUGUAUCUAUGACAGGCAUCCUCAGAAGUUGUGAGGUCUGUUGGAAACUAGGAAAAUGGGGUUUAUAUAUCUGUGGAAUGCCCAGGGUAGGAGAAAGAACUCUUGUCUGUUUGAGGUAGGUGUGAACGUAGCAAUUGGUUUCACAUUUGCUUUAGAAGGAAGAUAACUCUAAAAUAAGGAAUAUGCACAUGGCAGUUUCACACACCCCCAUUUUUGCUGCUGCUUCUUUGCCUCCAAGUGCAGCUCCUCCAAGAAUAAUCAUUUACCUGCUUCUCUUGCUGCUGUCAUGUGCUGUCAAGUCAGCCAACUGUAUGAGUGAGGGAUCUCUUGAAAACUCACCAUGUAUUAAGCCUUUACAGAAAUGGGGGUUAGAAGCUCUCCUAGCAGUAGUUGUAAUUUGUUGGUACUCCUCAAUAGAGGUGGUAGCCACCCAAGGCACCUCAAUG